AUCAGUUACCAAACCUUUCGCAAAUUGAACGGACACUAAUUCUAAAUCGCGAAACGAGAAAUUAUUCACUCAACUGCGUAGUAUAUAACAAUAGUGAUAGAAAUGUUUCUGGUUGCAGCGGCCAUUAUUUUGGCCACCCUUUUGGUCUUUAAGGGUGUGCGGAUAUUCAAUUACUUGGAUCACAUGGCUGGUAUUAUGGAAAUGAUACCAGGUCCGACGCCAUAUCCAUUUGUCGGUAACCUCUUUCAGUUUGGACUCAAGCCAGCUGAAUACCCAAAGAAAAUCUUGCAGUAUUGCCGAAAAUAUGAUUUUCAAGGCUAUCGUUCGCUGGUGUUAUUGCAAUAUCACAUGAUACUUAGUGAUCCAGCUGAAAUUCAGAAUAUGUUGUCCAGCUCUUCACUUCUCUACAAGGAGCACUUGUACUCCUUUCUUCGACCCUGGCUGGGCGAUGGUCUGCUCACCAGCUCCGGCGCCCGUUGGCUGAAGCACCAGAAGCUCUAUGUUCCAGCCUUCGAAAGGUCCGCAAUCGAAGGUUAUUUGCGUGUGGUGCAUCGGACAAGCGAGAGGUUUGUGAAGAAGCUCGACCAACAGGCAGAGACACUGCAGCCCUUCGAUGCCCAGGUGCUGGUUGCCAAGUGUACCCUGGAUAUUGUGUGUGAAAAUGCAACAGGCUUGGCCAGCAACUCGCUGAAUGACGAGCCCUCAAAUUUGCACAGUGCAAUCGAAGAUCUCUGUGAUGUGGUGCAGAAGCGCACUUUCAGCAUUGUAAAGCGUUUCGAUGCGCUUUUCCGACUGACUCCGUACUAUUUGAAGCAGCGUCGGGCAUUGCAACUACUUAGAAAUGAGGUUAAGAGGAUCAUUGAACAACGCAAUCAUCAAUUAGCGAAAGCUAAUGCGAAGCCUAAUAACAGCGAGCCUAUCAAUAAACCCUUCCUCGAUAUUUUAUUGGGUGCCAAGCUCGAUGGACGUGCGCUGAAGGAGCGAGAAAUUGUCGAAGAACUUUCAACAUUUAUAUUUACGGGACAUGAUACCGUAGCCUCUGCAAUCUCCUUCGCCGUCUAUACUCUCUCUCGCCAUCCACAUAUUCAACAAAAAGUCUAUGAGGAACAAGUGCGCAUAUUUGGCAAAGAUCUGAGUGGCGAAUCAGACAUUGAACGAUUACAGAAAAUGCACUAUUUGGAGCUUGUUAUUCGUGAGACUUUGCGUCUGUUCCCAGCUGUGCCAAUCAUAGCGCGAACCAAUCGCAAAGCAAUUGACAUCAAUGGCACCAAAGUGGCUAAGCGUACCACAGUGAUGAUGUGCCUUCUUGCAAUGGGCUACAACGAACGUUACUUUGAAGAGCCUUGUGUCUUCCGACCUGAACGCUUCGAAGAUGCUGAAAAGAACACGGGCAUCGAUGCAUUCAAGAGUGUGCCAUUUAGCGCUGGACCCAGACGUUGCAUUGCCGAGAAAUCUGCCAUGUAUGAGGUGCAGGCGAUUCUUUCCCAGUUAGUGCGUCACUUUGAAAUACUGCCCCCAGUGGAUAAUUUGCCGCCUGGCAUCAAUGACCAUACACGCAUUGAUUGUGUACCGGAGACUGAAUACGAUCCUAUAUUUAAUAUACGUGUUACUCUUAAAUCGGAGAACGGUAUUCAAAUAAGACUUAAGAAACGAUUGUAAAUAUUUUGAUAUUUAUUAAAGAUCCCACUUAAGAAAUUGUA